AUGUCAUUGCCAUACAGUAUCGACAACCUGCUUCAAAAGCCCGACGUCACAAGCGCAUCUGACGGGGAUACGAAGAAUAGUGACGUCACAUCAUCGUUAUCCUUCUCCGACACAGAAAACUUCUCCGACAGCGAAAAAUCAUCUGACAGCUUGUCACGAAACAGGAAGUUCGACCGCCGAAGGAAGUCCAAGGCGACGGAGGAUGUGCGAUUGCGCGUUAACGGACGUGAGCGUGAACGAAUGCAUGACUUGAACUCAGCCUUGGACAAUCUCCGGCAAACGUUACCAUAUUCACAUGGACCUUCUGUGAAGAAGAUAUCCAAGAUGGCGACGCUUGUGCUCGCGAGAAAUUACAUUUUAAUGUUAAAUCGGUCUUUAGAAGAGAUGAAAAAACUUGUUACGGAAGUCAGUCUGAAAAGGACGACAAGUGGGCAUACACCAUUGAACACUUCACCCGAACGUUUGACUUCGCCUUCGACAGUAGCUCCGACUCUUCCUCUCCCACCUUUGACGCCAUUGUCGCCCUACAGCAUGACGUCAGUGCCCGGACGUGACGUGCACAAGAUUCCCGUGCUUCCGACACACGUGCACCAUAUGCACCAAUUUCCGUACAGUCUUUUUCAAGCUCCGCAGACGUCCUCUGACGGUGACGUAACAAGAAAUUCUCCGCCAACUUUUUCAUGGAACUUUGGUCACGUACCACUUACCUCAUGGGCUAACCCAGAUUUUAAACAGUCUUGUAAAUAA